CAAGAAGAAGAGGAAGCUGCGUUUGAGGAACACUUGACAUCACAAGUCGGAACUCUUUUCAAACGAGCUUUGUGUGGACAAGAAGACCGGCAAAAGAGAUCCGCCGCGGGCCGUUCGGAGUUUCAGCGGCCCGCCGGGUGAUCCGGAAGUGGCCGGUGCCGAAAUAUGGGUCUGCUGGCCAGCAUUCGGAAGGAAUGGUUCAUCGUUGGGAUUGUGCUGGUGAUAUUGUCGGCAAAAGUGCAGCCCGGCCUCGGUGUCAAAGGAGGACCGCUGAAGCCCGAGAUCACCGUCUCGUAUGUGGCGGUCUCGCUGAUCUUCUUCAACAGCGGCCUCUCGCUGAAGACAGAGGAGCUGACCAGCGCGUUGCUUCACGUGCGCCUUCACCUCUUCGUUCAGUCGUUCACGCUGGUCUUCUUCCCGCUGACCGUUUGGCUGCUGGUCAGAGUGCUGGCGCUGACCACCAUCGACCAAUGGCUGCUCAGAGGGUUACAAACGGUGAGCUGCAUGCCGCCUCCGGUCUCCUCGGCCGUCAUUCUCACCAAAGCCGUCGGCGGUAACGAGGCGGCCGCCAUCUUCAACUCUGCGUUCGGGAGCUUCCUGGGUAUCGUGGUGACACCGACGCUGCUGCUGAUUUUUCUGGGCUCCUCAUCCUCGGUGGCCUUCGGUUCCAUCUUCUCUCAGCUCUUUAUGACGGUGGUGGUGCCGCUCGCCCUGGGUCAGGUGUGCCGCCGCUUCCUGAGGGAGUUUCUGGAGCGCAGGAAACCUCCGUUCGGCACCGUCAGCAGCGCCGUCCUCCUCGUGAUCAUCUACAGCACCUUCUGCGACACCUUCAGCAACCCCAGCAUGGAGCUGGACCCCACCAGCCUGCUUGUAGUCGUUCUCAUCAGUAGGCGUGGAAGAGGGUCUCCCCCAUUUUGGCUGUGAAAUGCAGGUUUGUAAACCACUGUAAUGACUGACGGAUUCCUACGGAUGGCGGCGUCGCAUCGCUUUGGAUUUGAGAAUAGCAAGAGUUUUCGAGUUGAAGAUAAAGAUUAGGCAGUCGAUCUUGGCUUGUCGUGUUAAAUAUGAGGAAGAAAAACGGCAACACGUUGGAAGUCGCGCAAGUUAAGGCCACUCCCACUACAACAGUGUAUGUAUAUGGAUGAUCUAAACGCAGAAUGUGUCGCCAUAGCGAGUAGAACGUGCGUGUCGGAAGCGUGAGAAAACACGACGCACUUCACGGAGUUAAUGACGAAUGCCUGGACGUCUGAGAAGGUUGUGUGAUCCUCUGCUUCCUUGCAGUUUUCUCCAUCCAGCUCACU